AUGGCUCCUCGUAGGGUUGCUGCUGACGAACCUUGGAUAUGCAAGUCGUGUGUCCACUCAGUCACUGGCAAGCCGUGGUUCAAUGCGGGAGGGACGUUGUACUGCAAGCAGUGUCAACUCCACAAGUCGGUGGUGUUCAAAGAGUACAAGCGAGGCAAAACCCCCAGCGUCCAUGCUGCGGGAACCAAGGGCCCUAGCUCAGUCGACAAAGGCCUCGCGGCUCGUUGUGCACAGCUCGAAGAACAAAUCAAGCGGCUCACCUCGGAUAAGGCCGAGCCCACGCCACCGCCACCAUGGGCGCAAUCACAGCUUGAUGGUGCAGAAGACAAGCGCAAGCGCAUCAAGGAACUGGACGGUAUCAUUCGCAUGCUCUCGCCUGACAAGGACGCGACGGUGCUGGCCAAUUUCAAGAAGGAGAAGGAGACCUUGGAGCGGGAGUUGUUCGACGGGCGCCCGAUCGAGGACCAAGCUCGGUCGUUGGCGGCUAAGCUCCAGCAUGCGAGGUCCCAGGAGUCCAGCGUGCGCAAGUCGGUCGAAGAGCAGAGGGCCAAGAUCCAGGAGCUGCAGGGGCACUUGGACAAGGCUGAGGCAAAGCUCGUGGAGGCCUCCGCAGAGGUGGUCAGGCUCGAAGAGGAGACGCGCAAGGCCAUGUCCCAGGCGCGCCCGCCCGAGCAGCAGCGGCCGCCCACGCUCCAUGAGAUGCUCCCUGGGUUCGCCGUGUCGGUGGAGCAGCUGGGGCGCGUCGCCAGCACUCUGGGCUUGGGGCCUGAUCUUACGGCUGGGCUGCAAGCGAUGGCGGAGACUGUCACCAAGUUGCAGCAGGCGCCGCAGGCAAAGCCACCUCCGUCUCAGACUGCAGAACCACCCGCACAAGAGCCUGAUCAAGCUGAACCUCCUGAUAUUGAGAUGGAAGAGGCGGACAUGCGGGCGACGCUCAACGCGGCAGGAAUCCCCACGGACGAAAGCGUCUCUGCCGAGGCGGUCACGGAAAGGUUCAAGCGGUUCCAGACGACGUACAUCGAGGCCUUCAUCUACAACUCCUCCGAGGACUACGACGUCGGCGGCGGGUGCUACACCUGCGGCUUCUGCUUCACAGAUGGGGCGUGCUUCUACGGCGUUCUCGGCUCCAGGAGGUGCUCGACCCAGGACGUCGACUCCAUCCAUCGCGCCGUUGACGAGGCGCUGGCUCUUGCGAAGGACCACUACGGCGGGCAGUGGCGGGAGCAGCCCUCCACCGAGCGGCCUCAGGUGGUGCGCCUCGCGGCCGCGGCGGGCGCCAAGGGGUCGGCGGAGCCCGCGGCGCGAGGGAUGUUCGGCAAGCUCUCGUCGGCUCGCUUCCAGAAGGACCUGGAGGAGACCUCGGAGGCAGGAUGA